AUGAGUGAAGAAAUAACACCCAAAAAUAAUGGCAGUGAUACAUUUGAGGAAGUAGUACCGGUAACAAACUCUUCAGUGGUGCCGAUUGAAAAUGCACACAGCCAAGGCAUACAAAAUAAUGACAUUACGCCAAAGAAUGAAUUCGCAACAGAACAACCACUAUCCGUGAAUGACUCGGAGGAAAACAAGUCACAGGAUAUGCAGCAGCAAAUUACAGAAACGCAUGCCGAGCAAGGGCUGUCGAAGGGUGAUUUUACAAACUCCCAGCUCAAUGAGGUGGCAGUCACACCUGAAAAUGAUUCACAACUCAAGAGUUCCUCAAAUGAAGAACAAGAAGAACGAAAAGAGGAAACUCCGGAUCAAAUAGCUUCUUUCAUUACUCAAGGCCAAAGCGGAGACAUCAAAGUUGAUGUUCUUUCUGAUGAUGAGAUCGAUGUGAAGGAUGUUUCAUCUGAUGAUUCUAGCAGUGAGGAUGAUAGUAACUCAGGUAAUAGCGACACGGAUCUGAGUGAGGAAGAAGAUGAGAAUGAAGAUGAGCAAGAGAUGAACGAGACUGGUUUCGAAGGUGAUGAGGAGGAGGAGGAGGUUAUAGAUGGUCCAAUAAAAUCUAUAAAUGAGGUUACCGAUGAGAAAGUGCCUUCGCUCCCCGAGGGUUACACUGUACCUUACAACGCACCCAUUGAAGAAAUUGGUGAAGUUACCGGGCUAGUUGACAAAGCGGUCAUCAUCAAGGCAAAAACAUCGGGAGAAUUUCGUAUUUUGAAAGAAGGUUCUGUUUUGUGUUUGGAAGAUAAGACACCUAUCGGAUUGCUAUACGAGAUAUUUGGCAGAGUGCAGCAACCUGUUUAUACUGUCAAAUUCAACCUGGAUGAGGAUUUCCAGAAGUUUAAGGACAGCAAAGGCAAAACCGUGUUUUACGUGGUCCCCGAAUCUCAAUUCUUGUACACUGAUACAAUAAAGCAUAUCAAAGGAACCGAUGCCAGCAAUUGUCAUGACGAAGAGUUGCCUGAAGAAGAGCAAGAAUUUUCUGAUGAUGAGCAAGAAUUAGCUGCAAAGCAAGCAAAGAAGAGGAAAAAGAACAAGAACAAAGUUGUCAAAGACAGAGAGCAUUCAAGUAUUAGCGCACACAAGGCGCAUAUUCCAGCAUAUUCACCCAUCACCACUUCAAGACCAGGCUCUGACUCUGCCAGGCGGACGCAACAUCACAGGCCCGGUCCUGUUCUGUCAUACUCGCCACAUUUGCCAACCUCAUCUCAUACGUAUCCACAAUCUCAGCCUUAUAUUCCACAGCCAAACCAGUUCGCCGCGCCAUCUCCUUACCACCAAAACAAUAUGUACAGCAAUCCACAACCCCAAUAUCAGCAAAGUGUACAAAGUUUUGGGACGGCCCCACAAUCAAGUCAGUUUGGACAAAUUCCUUAUGCUCAAUCGCCACAAACAUUCUCCCCAUAUGGGCACAUACCCUACCAACAACCUCCCCAAAACCAGUUUCAACAAUACAUGCCGAAUCCUAAUCAGGUUCUCCCACAGACUCCACAUCAAAGUGCUGAUCCUGCUCAAUUAGCACGUCUACAAGAGUUAUUGAUUCUACAAAUGCAAAAUCAACAGCAACAACAGCAUCCUCCACCACCGUAA